CUCGUUGCCAAACAGUCUCUUCAUUUAUUUUUGUUUUAAUUUUUCUUCUGCUCAACUUUACUUUCCGGCGCUCUCAGAACCAUCGAUGGACCGGCCGGAGACGAUCGCCGUCAAAUACGAACCCAUGACCGCUGACUCUCCUACCAUUGAUAGGCCUCCUGCUCGACCUCCAAAGCUUGUAGUUUUAGCUGACCUCAACUUCAAUCCUCCUGAGAAUGACGAUCUUGACUCAUCCAUUGAAAUUCCUGCUCCUCCCAUCACUAGGUUGACUAACGAGGAAAUUCAUCAAGAGGGAGGUACAUUAACGUGCAAGGAUGUGGAACCAGGAGAAGUAGAAGCCAAAAAGAUCAGCAAAGUGGGAAAAUGCCGCUCGAGAAGUAAGAUUGAGGCUUCCUCUGAUUGUGGUGUUGAUGCAGAUGGUGAUCAGGUUAAUCAAGGGGUCCCUGCAUCCCGGGAAGAAAAAAUCAGUAACCUCAAAAUGGGUUUGAUUCAUGUUGCAAGGAAGAUGCCUAAAAAUGCUCAUGCCCAUUUUAUUCUUGGUCUAAUGUUCCAACGAUUGGGCCAACCUCAAAAGGCGAUACCAGAAUAUGAGAAGGCUGAAGAGAUCUUACUGGGUUGUGAGCCAGAAAUUGCUCGGCCAGAACUUCUCUUGUUAGUUCAAAUUCACCAUGGACAGUGUCUUCUUUUGGAUGGUUUUGGGGAUACUGACUCUGUUAAAGAGCUUGAGGGAGAAGAGCUUGAAGAAAUUCUUUCAAAGUUAAAGGAUUCUAUAAAGUUAGAUGUUAGACAGGCAGCCGUGUGGAAUACCCUUGGCUUAAUGCUUCUCAAAGCUGGUUGUUUGAUGAGUGCCGUAUCAGUUUUGUCAUCUUUGUUGGCUCUUGUUCCUGACAAUUAUGAUUGCCUUGCAAACCUUGGAGUUGCUUAUCUUCAAAGUGGCGAUAUGGAGCUUUCAGAAAAAUGUUUUCAAGAUUUGGUACUGAAAGACCAUAACCAUCCUGCCGCUUUGAUAAAUUAUGCUGCCGAGCUUCUCUGCAAACACAGUUCAACUGUCGCUGGUGCCGGGGCUAAUGGUGGUGCUGAUGCUUCUGAAGAUCAGAAGGCACCUAUGAAUGUCGCAAAGGAAUGUCUCUUGGCUGCUCUAAGAUCAGAUCCUAAGUCUGCCCAUGCGUGGGUGAAUCUUGCUAACUCAUAUUAUAUGAUGGGUGAUCACAGAAGCUCUAGCAAAUGUUUGGAGAAGGCAGCCAAGCUUGAUCCCAACUGUAUGGCUACUAGAUUUGCUGUUGCUGUUCAACGAAUCAAAGAUGCAGAAAGGUCUCAGGAUGCAAGCGACCAGCUUUCAUGGGCUGGCAACGAGAUGGCUUCAGUGAUAAGAGAAGGGGAAUCUGUUCCAAUUGACCCUCCCAUUGCUUGGGCAGGGCUUGCCAUGGCUCACAAGGCACAGCAUGAAAUUGCAGCUGCCUUUGUUGCUGACCGAAAUGAAUUGACAGAGAUGGAAGAGCGGGCAGUGUACAGCUUAAAGCAGGCAGUAACAGAGGAUCCUGAAGAUGCUGUCCGGUGGCAUCAGCUCGGUCUUCAUAGUCUCUGUUCUCAACAAUAUAAACUCUCACAAAAAUACCUCAAGGCAGCGGUUGGUCGUUCUAGAGAAUGUAGCUAUGCAUGGUCAAAUCUCGGUAUCUCGCUGCAGUUAUCAGAUGAACAUUCAGAAGCCGAGGAAGUAUACAAACGAGCCUUGGCCGUGUCAACAGAGGAUCAAGCUCACACGGUAUUCUCUAACCUCGGGAACCUCUACAGACAGAAAAAGCAGUACGAAGUCUCCAAGGCAAUGUUCUCAAAGGCGUUGGAGCUCAAACCGGGUUAUGCACCUGCAUACAACAACCUUGGACUUGUGUUUGUGGCUGAACGCAGAUGGGAAGAAGCUAAGUCCUGUUUCGAGAAAUCACUUGAAGCUGAUUCAUUGCUAGAUGCAGCACAGUCUAACUUGCUUAAAGCCACAACCAUGUCAAGGCUCUGUACUUGCUUCUCUUCUUCAUAUGUUGUUCGAGAUUCCUGAUGCUUUGUAAUACUUCUUGUUUCGUAUCGUGGGUGCACAACUCUCACAUUAUGUCUCAAGUACAACAACACUAAAAAUCGCGAGUGGCUUUGAAUCUAGAGAAACAUUUGCUAUUCUUCCCCAACAAAAAGUGUCUGAGGUU